UCUCUGUUGCAGAUCUCGUGUUUCUCUGAAGCCGAGAGGAUCUACAUGUUGGCCAAAGACACGACAGUCAACAGCAAGCCGCUCAGUGCGCUCGUUCUCCCAGAGAUCGUGCACGGCGAGCUGGGAGCCGACGUCUGUCCUCUGCUGGUGUUUGUCAACCCGAAGAGCGGUGGUCUGAAAGGCCGAGAGCUCCUCUACGGCUUCCGGAAACUUCUGAACCCUCAUCAGGUCUUCGACAUUACCAACGGAGGUCCGCUGGCUGGCCUCCACACCUUCCGGGACCUUCCCAGGUUUCGGGUGCUGGUCUGCGGUGGUGACGGGACGACAGGAUGGGUGCUGGGGGUCUUGGAGGCCAUCCGGCACAAACUGGUGUGCCGAGAGCCCCCGAUCGGCAUCGUCCCGCUGGGAACAGGUAACGACUUGGCCCGUGUCCUGCGUUGGGGGCCCGGUUACAGCGGCGAGGACCCCCACCACAUCCUGGUCUCUGUGGACGAGGCCGACGAGGUUCUGAUGGACCGAUGGACCAUCCUGCUGGACGCGCAGGACCUCUCCGAAGACGGGAAGGACAACGGCUUCCUGGAGCCGCCCAAGAUUGUGCAGAUGAGCAACUACUUUGGUCUGGGAAUCGACGCGGAGCUCAGCCUGGACUUCCACCAGGCUCGAGAGGACGACCCCGAUAAAUUCACCAGCAGGUUCCAUAACAAAGGUGUGUACGUGAAGGUGGGUCUGCAGAAGAUCAGUUACAGCAGGAGUCUCCACAAGGAGCUGCAGCUUCAGGUAGAUGCUCAGGACGUCCCGCUACCAAACAUAGAGGGGCUGAUCUUCCUCAAUAUACCCAGCUGGGGUUCUGGUGCAGACCUCUGGGGGUCAGAGGUCGACGGUCGUCAUGGGAAACCGAGCAUCGAUGACAGCCUGCUGGAGGUGGUCGGGGUCACCGGGGUCGUGCACAUGGGCCAGGUGCAGAGCGGCCUGCGCUCAGGGAUUCGUAUUGCUCAAGGGAACUACAUCAGGCUGACGCUGAGCAAACCCAUUCCUGUCCAGGUGGACGGAGAGCCGUGGAUCCAACCUCCGGGACACAUCAUCAUCUCUGCUGCCGGGCCAAAGGUCAGGAUGCUGAGGAAGUCCAAGCAGAAGCAGAAAAAGUCUGCUGCUGGCUCUAAGGACGGACGUUCAGAGAGUCCUUCCCCCAGAGGUGGAGGACACUGACCGACCUGCCAGCGUUCCUGCCUUUAACCUGCUCCCCCGCGGCAACUCGGCGGCCACUUUGGUGCCAGCGGCCGGCUGACGGGCGGCAGAACGACUGGGAGACUGGGAGGUUUUAACGUUUACAGCCGGCACACCGGGUGGGAGGAAGACCUGCAUCGCCUCACGUUUGGUCCAGUUGGAAUCACAUUUCCAUCCUGCUGACCGAGCACUUAUCACUUACAGAGUUCACACGGUUAAUGUUCAGCAACUAAAACGUACUUUUUUGUACUUAAAACGCAAGAACAUUAAAUAAUUCAUAGAUUUAAAAUAGGAGUUUAUUUGUUUAGGUUUAAAAAGUAGACAAUUUCUCAGUGUGGAUAAGCUUCGGAGUUGAACAAAACACAACAAGUUUUUAACAGAAGUUGGUAAAUUUCUGUGCAGAUGUGACUGUAUAUGUAUAGUAAGUAGCAGUAGACUCAGUCCAGUGUCAGUUGAUUUAUUGUAAUAACUUUAGUAGAAAAUAAUGUGCAGCUAUCAAGUGAUUAUGACCUCAGUGUUGGUCGCAUUGUUAGAAAAUAUAAAGAAAAUGAAUACUGAAGCGCUCCUGACAGGCAGUCUCUUUAACCCUCGUGUUGUCUCCCCAUCAAACAUGAAGAAAAACACUUUUGUUGUCCCUAUCUCAAAGUUUUAGUCGCUUUUUAAAGUUU